ACUACUGUUGAUGAUUUAUAAUGAACAGCUGAUGACCACAAUUUACGCAACAGAAGGGGUUUGUUUACUUCCAAGUUUCGUCACCAACUGUUCUAAAUAAGCCAUGAAUUCAUUUUAAAGUCGACGGUUCAUAUGAGCCAAAAAUGGAAGGCUACAACAAAAGCAUUGAAAGUGUCAAUAAGAAAGAGUUCUCCAGGUUACAGGGGGACACCUACUUGGACCAUGCCGGAGCAACAGUCUAUGCACAAAGUCAACUAGAGGCAUUACAACGGGAUCUGUUGGAAAACGUCUAUGGCAAUCCGCACAGUCCAUGUGCCAGCAGUCGUCUCAGUACAGAUACUAUUGAGCAGGUGCGCUAUAGAAUACUGCAGCAUUUCAACACUUCAUCAGACCACCACUCGGUCAUCUUCACAGCGGGAUGCACCGCGUCACUGAAGCUGCUUGCCGAAAGCUUUGACUGGGCUUCGAAAAAUUCCAAAAAGGUGCAGAAUCAAACUAGCAACUCCCCAACUGAGUCUCAGCAUUCUGGUGCUUCACAACUUCAUCCUGAGACGGCUUCUCUAAACCCUAUUAAUACAAACCCUCCCAGUGGUAGCUUACCCUCCCAAAACCCAGCCUGUGGAAGACCAGGACUUUUUUGUUACUUGAUGGACAACCACACGUCUGUCGUCGGAAUGCGGGAAAUUGCCAGAAUGAAAGGAGCUGAUGUCCAGUGUGUUGCAUAUCAGGACAUCCAGAAAGUUUUUAAGAACAGUCCUGAUCAGACCUCGAAGCUUCCUGAACCUGCAAAAGCCAGCGACGAUGCCCAGAAUUCAAGCUGUUUGCAAGACAAACAGAAGUCUAGAAACUGCCUGUUUGCAUAUCCUGCCCAGUCAAAUUUCUCUGGUGCUAAAUAUCACUUAGUCGAUGCUGAUUUUGAGAGUCUUCCGUUUAGCUCAGUUGGUCUGGACCGUUGGGCCGUCCUACUGGAUGCUGCUUCACUCGUUGGCACCUCGCCACUCAAUUUGGGACAGUGCAAGGCAGACUUUGUGUCCAUCUCCUUCUACAAGAUCUUUGGAUUUCCAACUGGCAUUGGUGCUUUGAUCGUGAGGAACGAUGCUGCGCGGCUGCUGCACAAGACGUACUUCGGCGGAGGGACUGUGCAAGCUUACCUUGCCAGGAGUCAGUUUCAUGCCCCAAAGCAGAGCAUUUCAGACAGAUUUGAAGAUGGAACGCUACCUUUUCUUGACAUUAUUGCACUGAAGCAUGGAUUUGACACGUUAGAAAGACUUGCAGGAAGCAUGAGUACCAUUUCAGAUCACACUUUCUGUCUGGCGAGGUACGUCCAUCACAGGUUGGUAUCUUACCAACACAGUAACAGUGCCGCUGUUGCCAAGCUUUACUGUCGCGGUAACUUUGAGAGUAGCUACGACCAGGGACCCAUUGUCAACUUCAAUCUGCUUAGGUCAACAGGAGAUUAUGUGGGGUAUGCUCAGGUUGAGAGGCUCGCGUCAUUGCAUGGCAUACAUCUUCGUACUGGUUGCUUUUGUAACACCGGAGCUUGUCAGGAACACGUUGGCUUAAAGGAUGAAGAAAUAAUUGUUAAUUUUCAGGCGGGCCAUGUAUGCGGAGACGAAAUGGACCUGAUCAAUGGCCGACCAACAGGCUCCGUACGAAUCUCCUUCGGCUACAUGUCCACCCUCGCCGAUGCCGAAACAUUCCUGAACUUCAUUGCGGAAUGCUUUGUUGAGAAAGCUCAUCGAUUAAUAGAAGCAAAGAGCAUAGUUUCUCCCUCGGAAAGGAACUUCUCAACAAAAUUUGAUGUGAAACAGUCAAAUCUUGAGGCGAAUUCCUUCAAGACCAAGGGCGUGGAGGAGGAUCUGACAGCUGCUGUUUAUCAAGAUGCUACGUUAAGCCAAGUCUGCGAAACUGGCUUGACACAAGUGCAAGAAACUAGUGAACCAGACUCAAGAUAUGUUGUUGGCUUGAAUGGCUUUGAAGCAGAGAUCAGACCACCUCCUGGUGGCAAGGUGCUGACAAAUAUAUACUUGUAUCCCGUAAAGUCAUGCAGUGCAUUUGAGGUGAGUGAAUGGGAGAUAGGCCACAGUGGAUUGAUGUAUGAUAGACACUGGAUGGUCGUCAAUAGCAACGGAGUCUGUCUGAGUCUGAAACGAGAGGAGCGCCUUAGCCUCAUCAAGCCCUCCAUCGAUCUCAAGAAUAAGUGCCUUUGGCUUCAUUAUCAAGGUUGCUCCUCCAUAAGUGUCCCUCUUGAUGUUUCUACCGAGGCUGGUCAAACCAUGUCAAAGAACCACGCUCAGAGUAAAGUGUGCGCAGACCGAGUUAAAACACUAGAUUGUGGGGAGGCAGUGGCAAAGUGGUUGUCAUCUGCUCUUGGGAAGGAUUGUCGACUGCUCCAGCAGCAUCCAGACUUUGAAAGAAACUGUCGGCUUAAAGGUAUUGCACAGUGUGAUGCUCCCAGUAAUCAGAGUCUGUCUUUAGUGAAUACAGCCCCAUUUACGCUGCUUUGCAGACCCAGUGCCCAAGCCCUCCUCAGUACCAUCAGAGAGCGAUACUCCACCAUCGAUACCCAGCCAAUCACAAACUCCCUUCAGCACCCCAUUGAUUCAUCAGAACCAAUCAGGGCAAACUAUCCGCUGAGGAAAGAUGAAGGGGGAUGGUCUAAUGUCUGCAUAGAGGAGCUGAUUGGUCGGUUCCGUGGGAACCUUGUGAUUGACGGCUGGGAGGCUUUCGAUGAGGAUGAAUGGGAGAAGAUACAAAUUGGUGACCACACAUUCCCAGUUGCUGGGAUGUGUAUUCGUUGUCAGAUGGUAUGCGUCGAUCCGAAUACAGCAACCAGAGGCAAAGAACCUCUGCUUACCCUCUCGUCACUCAGAGGGAAGAAGAUCCCGUUUGGCACCCUCUUACUGCAUGAUGAAACGGCGUCUGUGAGUUCAACGCUCCGGGUUGGCGACAGAGUAUCGAUUGUACAACCCCCAUCAGCUUACUGAGUAGCCACUUUGUAACGUGAAAAUAAAGUCACUUUUUCAUAAUAAUAACAAUUAUGUUGUAUAUUUAUAAUCACUCUUAAUGCCAAAUUAUCAAAUCAGGUGGAGUCUGUCAAGAAGAUUUUAUGAGAUGAAGAAACCAUAAAAUGGCGAGAUGACAUUGCUGCCAGACCAUGUCAGAAACACAGAAGAAUAUGGUAGAAUAUGAUUGUGGCAUGUCGUGGACGCGUGGUCAACUAAGUGCACUGGAUUCAAGCUGUGGUGUUUCUGAUCAACAGAGUGCGAGUCCCAGUCUUGUGUUUCUAAUCAGCAUA